UUUUUUUUUUUUUAUAAAUAAAAAUAAAAAAAUCAACAACCCACUUUCCAAUUUUCAUUUGCGUUCCACGUGUCAUCUCAAUUCCUAGACUAGUCACGAAGUUUCUAAAUAUAAAAUUUAAGAUUAGAAUCAACAAUUUUAGUAUAUAUAUAACCGACUCCUCUGCACCUCUUAAUUUAAUGUCAUAGAAAUCAAAUAACAUUUCAAAAUCAUUACAAAUCAUUUAGUGAAAGUGCUAUUAUUAUUAUUACUAUUGUGAAUAUUAAUUAGUGGGAUGUGGCAGCAGACGUGGAAUACACCUUACCGGAAAGAUGACGUGGAAGCCGGAGCAAGGCAAUUGUAUCCGGCGAUGUUGGAAAAUCCACAACUCCGUUGGGCUUUUAUUAGAAAAGUUUACUCAAUUUUGACCAUUCAAUUGCUUCUAACAAUUGCUGUUGCAUCUGUCGUCGUUACUGUUCAUCCAAUUGCACAUUUUUUUGUAUCCACUGGGGGAGGAUUAGCUCUUUAUAUUCUGCUCAUCAUCACACCUUUUAUUACAUUGUGCCCGUUGUAUUACUAUCACCAGAGGCAUCCGGUCAAUUACUUGCUGCUUGGGUUGUUUACAGUUACUUUGGCCUUUGCUGUGGGAUUGACUUGCGCCUUUACAAGUGGCAAGGUAAUAUUGGAGUCUGUGAUAUUGACAGCAGCAGUGGUGAUUAGUUUGACAUUGUACACAUUCUGGGCAGCAAAGAGAGGCCACGAUUUCAAUUUUCUUGGACCAUUCUUAUUUGCUGCACUUAUCGUUCUCAUGUUAUUUGGAUUCAUCCAGCUAUUGUUCCCUCUGGGUAGGCUCUCUGUGAUGAUCUAUGGCUGUUUAGCAUCGAUUUUAUUCUGUGGAUACAUAAUUUAUGAUACGGACAAUUUAAUCAAGCGCUACACUUACGAUGAAUACAUCUGGGCUGCUGUUGCCUUGUAUCUCGACGUUAUCAAUCUCUUCCUAUCUAUUCUUACUAUUUUCAGAGUUUCUGAUAGUUGAGAAACAAAGUUAGUUUAAGUUUGGUGCACCAUCGGUGCAUUUUGUUUUUACACUAUCACGUGAAUGAAUGAUGAUCUGUUGUAGCAGGAAUGAUGAUCUUUUAUAACAAGUAAAAGUUUUCUGAUGGUAUAAAAAUAAAAUACACCAAAUUUUUUUUUAGGGGGAAGGGGGUAGGUUAUUUGUUAUGGUUCAGUAGUUUUGCGUAUAAAAAUGUUACUAAUUGUAUGUACUCUAUCGAAGUUGUAACAAAAUGGUUUUUCUAUGAAGUCCCAUUAAUUAGCUACUGUUAUUGCUGUCCAUCGUUAAGAGAUGUCCAUAAGAUUCUUGACAUACUUCAAAAUUUGAUUUUCAUGUAUAAAUACAAUUGGGGCUCAGCUAGAUGUAAAAAGGAAAAAAAAUAAAAUCUAAAUAUACUAAGAUUUAAAUUUUUUAAUGCAA